GUGCGGAAGGACGCCUCACACCGGUCGGUCCGUUGUUAGUUUGUCACUGAACACCGAUUCGAGCCAUUGCCUCUAGGGCGCCGGCUGCGUUCUUUUUUCAACUAAAGUUCGUGUAGAAUUUCGAAAUUCGGUCAGUUCUGAAAUUAGACCCAUUUGGUGUUAAAUGUGAACAACAAGCGAGUGAUAUGAGGAUUCGUUUUGAAGUACCUAAUAAGUUGGAAAUAACUUUCGAAAGAGAAGCAGAAUGCGACGCGUGCGGCGAAAGCGGCGAGAGUCGCACCGUGGGGGAGCUGUUACUCCCGCAAUACGCACUAGCCACGGGUGGACUGGCUAAGGACCACCGGCCCGUCAUCACUUUCCCCGACCAUAACAACUUCCAUCUUCUCUCCGCUGAUGAAUACCGCCGAUUGCUGCUUUACCUCACUUCUAUACCUUCGUUAUUAGAGGCAGAAAUGGGUUUCCAUAUAAUAAUAGAUAGAAGAAAAGACAGAUGGAAUUCUGUCAAAACAGUAUUAUUAAGGAUCUCUGAAUUCUUUCCCGGCAACAUUCAUGCUGUCUACGUAUUGAGACCAGCGAGUUUUCUCCAAAAAGCGUUAUCAGAAGUGAGCAAUAAAUUUUUUAAGGAAGAAUUCAGAUUUAAAGUGCUCGUUUGCUCGUCAAUCGAGGAGUUGUAUGACCACUUUGACCGGUCACAGCUGACACCUGACUUGGGAGGAGAGCUACAGUAUUCACACGCCGAAUGGAUACAACAACGGAUAGCACUCGAAAAAUUCUCAACUUUAAUGAAGGAUAUCUCAACCAAGCUGGAUAACUUCAUGCACGAGAUCGUGGACUGCGAUAUGGGAAAUGAUCCCACACAAACCAAAGAACUAUUAGACUCACAAGAAUCUAGGUAUAAAGCUUUAAAAAACGAAUUAACAUCGGCCACGUCGCAAGGCGAGGAGCUGCUGACGCAAGUGCGGAAACCAAAUCUUACCUAUAAUAUUAUAAGCCACGUAGCCGCCGUAGAAAGGCUACUUGUGCAACUUGAAGAGACUGAAAAGCAAUUUGACAAUUUUUGGCAAAAACAUUCCACAAAACUGAACCACUGGUUGAAGUUUAGAACGUUUUUAUUAAAUUUUAAACAAAUGCAGGCGACUUUAGACGGCCAUUUAAAGACCGCUUGCGAUAUGACGGAGGUGGGCGAGACCGCGAUCAGAGUCGAAAACCUUAUCCAGGAAGCCAACGACUUUGAGAAGCUGUGCAACUGUGAUCUCAAUACUGCUUCUUCGGUUGUUGAGGAUGGCGAGAAACUAAUGCAGGAUCCCCUCAGCUCGACAGAUCACAUAGAGUCCAAAUGUGAGGAGCUACGACGAACGAGUGCGUUACUCAUAGACAAAAUACAGAAACGAAACAUGUUGCUGGUCAAAGCUAGGGACCUUAUGGACAGGAUAGACAAGGCAAACGAAUGGUGCGCGACAGGUGUAGAAAUCUUAGCGGGCGAAGGAGGUCUGAUAGCAGUUGACAAACUCCUUGAGGACGCAAAAAGCUUCGGUCUCACCUCGCCAGAACAAUUCAGGGACAUGCUUAUGCAGUCGGCUACGCAGGAGACCAGGGCUUUAGUCACCCAGGUGGCCCAACGAGUAGAAGACGUUUGGCUGAUGGUAUCCGUGAAGAGAACAACUUUACAGCGCGCGGCAGCCAAGCCAGCCCGACCUGUUCAAACCGUGCCUCCACAUAGUGCUGCCACAGCUAACAACCACCAGAUGGAAACGUCUGGCGGAUCAGAGAGUUCAGGAGGGGAAGAUGCGGAGGCGCGGCGGUCGCGUCGCGGGCACGUGUUGGCCGAGCUGCUGCAAACGGAAAGAGUCUACGUCCAAGAACUUGGCUCUAUACUCAGUGGUUAUAAAGAGGAAAUCGAGAAACCAGAAAACCAGCAUCUGCUCCCAGCUGCACUGGUCGGCCAAGCAGACGUACUGUUUGGCAACCUUCACGAGCUGUUCACAUUUCACCAGGACGUGUUCCUUAAAGACCUCGAAAAGUCGAUCUCAGCCACAGAACUCGUCGCAUUGUGUUUCGUUGAAAAGAGAGAGACAUUCUUCCGCCUAUACAGCUAUUACUGUCAGAACAUCCCACGUUCAGAGCGGCUCCGCGAGACACUGGUGGACACGCAUCUCUUCCUGCAAGCGUGUCAGCUCAGACUCGGUCACAAACUGCCAUUGGCUGCGUACCUGCUCAAGCCUGUACAGAGGAUCACAAAGUAUCAGCUGCUGCUCAAGGACCUGCUACGAUAUGGUGAAUGUGGGUCAAUGAGCACAGGCCUACAAGAAGCCUUGGACUGCAUGCUGGUCGUGCUCAAAUGCGUCAAUGAUUCCAUGCAUCAGAUCGCUAUUACUGGAGUGCCAGUGGACCUAAGUCAACAAGGAGAACUACUAAUGCAAGGUUCAUUCCUGGUUGCGUCGGAGAACAAACGGGAUCUUCGUCUCAGGAUACGGCCGCGUCGCAGGCACAUCUUUCUCUACGAAAAAGCCAUGCUCUUUUGCAAACCAGCUACAAAGAACAGCCAUAAUAAGGCUACCUAUCACUUUAAGCAUGAUUUACAGAUGUCACAAAUCGGUCUAACAGAGUCAGUAAAAGGUGACCCGCGUAAGUUCGAAGUCUGGCGGCAAGGUCGGUCUGAAGUACACACGAUCACAGCGCCCACAAUCGAGGCGAAGCGAGCUUGGGUGGAAAGAAUCAAGAGAGUGUUGCUUGACCAGUUGAAAGAACUCAAGGGAGAACGCGUCAGGCAAUAUGGUGCUCAUAAAACGCUAAUCCAAGCAAGCUCAUGGGAUGUGGGUAUAGCGGGCAACCAGCAAACACGGCCGCAUGCUCCACCCGCGAAUCCAUCCCGUACGGCAUCAUGCGACAAUCACGACGAGCCGUGCUGGUCUACUGACCCCUCUGAAGACGAGGAGGAGGAUCAUGACCACGCCCCUGCAGUGGGGUGCUCGCUGGUAGCGCUGUCGGACUACACGGCAGUGGGCACUAGCGAGGUGUCGUUACGGGAAGGCCAGCAAGCUGAACUGCUCAAGGUUGGCUGCGCUGGGUGGUGGUACGUGCGACUUGCAGGUGGCCACGGUGAGGGCUGGGCACCAGCGGCGUACCUCGACCAGCGCAAAACCUCGCGGUCGUCGAGCCGCUCGCACGACCGCCUACAUGACCACUGAGACCACAUGCCACAACAACUAUAAAGUGUCUUAUAACACGGUGUUUAUUAACAUUUAUGUAGAGACACACCAGGCAAAGGAACCGCAAAGGACCUUCAAAGCAACCACACUCCUAGUGCUUUUUAUUCUUAACGUGAUGAAUCUUCGAUAGGUAAUCUAACAAGUACUGGAAAGUGGUGUAUUUCGGGUAAUUAAAUAUGUACACUAUCGAGGGCAUCGGCCCUAAGUUACCUGAUCCCCAACCGACUAUUUGGUUUUGAGUGAAGAAAAAUGUUAAACAAACUUAACCUUUAACCAGUGAGUGGUAACACAUUUUGAUAUGACUUUCUUAUUGCGUCAUCUGUGAAGGACGUUUUAAGAAACUUGUAAGCCAAUUUGAUCUUUAAUUACAUUACAUAAAUAAUUUCUGGAAGCUGUAAUUCCUUUACAUUUUCCUGUUGAAUGCGUAAGAAGACUCUCAGAAAUAAAAGGUCGGCUGCUCAGGCAUCUUAGGGCAUCGAUUGUACUAUAUGAACUUGAAAACGUAACGUAAUCGAAGAUUGCCGAUGUAUCCUCGUCAUGGCAUGUUGCAACAUUCAUAGUUAAAAAAUAAAUCAUUAAAAAAUCACUUACGGUUUUAAUGGUUCUGUAGAAAUCUUGCAACAAAUUGACAAAAUUCACGUAACCAAAUAUGUAGAAAUUCGUCUUUACAAAAUGACAUCCGGCACCAGACACCCCACUUGUUGUUGUUAAUGUCGAACAAUAAUAUUUGUUAAUGUAUGUAAAUGUUGUUCUAAAAAGCUUUAUUGUAAAUUAGUCUUAGCUGUAGACAUGAGUUAUCGUUAAUAUUAUGGUUACGAUUAUCCAAAGCUAUUGGUAGAGUUGUAGAAAGUUGUUAGGCUUGACAAGUUAGUGGAGAAUGCCUUAUGUAACUUAUGCGGUAAUUUUCAAACAUUCAUUCUUGAAAUAGGACUGUAAUUCCAUUGAACGAUCAGUGUUAAAUUUAGUCCAAAAUUUUAACCAUUUUACCCAAAGCCAUCGUUUUAAUUUGGACUAAAUUAUUUUUAAAACGCAUUAUUUAGUAACUUGUUAAGCUGGAGUAACCGUGACUGGUUCUAUACUUUUUCUGUACAUAAUUAUUUAAUUAUAGUUAUUUAUUUGGAUGCUAGUUGUGCUUUUGGUGUUAUUUCGUGUUACGACUCGACUCUCCAUGACAGUUAUUGUGGAUUUCUAUAUCCUUGUAAUUUAGGGACCCCAUUUGCAGUGAACUCAGAAACGUAAAUGCAUUAUUUAAAAAGCUGUUUAUUUUUUAACAGACUUUUAAACGAUGCACUAUGAGGAUCUCCUCAAUAUCAUUAUUGCUCUGAAUUAAAAGAUAUCACAUUUGUUUACGUCUCAGUGUGACAUUGUGAAUACAGUUCUAAUUGAGUAAUUUUUGGGUGAGUUUUCUCAUCCUAAUUUCAGUGGCAAUUUUUAUUAAUUUAGUAUUCGAAUUCACUAUCGUGAAAUAUUAACUAAUAUUUCUAGCUACUACACUCGAAUAUUAAGUAAUAGUUCAUGAUAAUAUUAUGAAAUAUUUAAAUAGUAAUAAUAAUUGCCACCAGAAUUAGAGAAAACUAACCUAAAAAUUACCCAGUUAUUAGUUAACUGCAAUUAUUAUAAUCCUGUGCUAAGCCACGCCUAGUUUAAUGAUCAACAUUUCAUAUCACUCGUUAGUUAACAAAUCAUACAUUAUCAACACCUCAUCGUUAAUGGACGAUAUAGGACAGAUAAAAAAGAAUAUAUGAUCAAACGAACUUGCAAAGUGAAGUUCGAUCAAUAUUAUAUGAGUACGCUAUAUUCAAAGAUAUGAUAAUGUCUUCAUGUUGACAACUGAACUGAAGCGACAAAAUUAUGUGUAUAUCUUAAAACUACAAGUACGAAAUUAUACUACUUUGCUAGUCUUUGAAAUUGAAAGAAUUUAGUGCGUCCUUAACACUUUAUGUAAACCAGUAGCAAAUAGUUACUAAUUAGUUUGAGCUUGGUACAUGUUCAAAAGGACGUUAAGCUUGACAGUUUAAAUUAAAAUUCAAAUUGUAGGCAUCUACAAUAAGAACGGUCCAAAGUCCAAAGUGUCAAGCUUACUGUGCUCUUGAUCUUAUACGUAAUUUACAAUGUUGAUUUAAAUCAAUUAUUUACACCGCACCACCAUAUAAAGGAGUCACCACACUUAUCAAAGCGGAAUCAGCUUGAGUCGGACAGAAAAAUCGUUGAACAUGCAAGAAGGGCGAAAACGUCGUUGACUCCCUAACAUGAAAUUUUAAAUUGAACUAUGUAGAUAAUUUUUUUCACCAAAAUUGUAAAUUACGUACAUCCGUGCUAAAAUCGACGAGUUAUCAUGAAGUAAUUGGAAUCAUAUCAUUUGAAAUUCCGUGGCCAUCAUAGUUCACGCUAAAUUCUGGCUUACCAUGAAUGGUACACAAAAUAUGAAAAUUGACUUUAAAUUGUUAUUGUAUGUAUUGGUAAAUAAGUUAGAAAUGAAAUGCUUUGAAAUUGUUCUUUAAGUCCUAAAUUCCUUUAAUGUACCA